AUGAAUUUCGCAACGAAAUUUUUAGAUUUUUUAAGUAUUAAAAAGUCAAAAAAUGACAAUGAUACGUGUUAUAUUAAAAAGAAAGGAUUCUAUACAUACUGCUGCGGAAUUGUGGGAUACCUGGGAAAUGAAGAUACAAACGAAAUACUGCUGCACGGAAUAAACGCAAUGAAGAGCAGAGGCUAUGAUUCUUGCGGAGUCUGUACACUCCACAAGGGAAAGUUAAAGGUCACAAAGUGUUGCUCAGUGGAAACACCCGCAGACUCGUUUAAUAUUUUGAAGGAUAAGGUCCUUUCGUCACACCCACCGUCGACAGUGGGAAUCGGACAUACCAGAUGGGCAACAGUGGGAAAACUCUCGAACAAAAACUCACACCCACAUAUCGACCUGGCCAAAAACAUAGCACUGGUACAUAACGGAACAAUAAGUAAUAUAGAAGACCUGUAUCACGACUACUAUGCCGAAUUAAUAAGCCAAAAAAAUAAAUUUUCUUUUGGAGGUUCAAAAUAUCACUCAAUAAAUAAGAAUAUUGGUAAUAGUGCAAAUAGUACUCCAACGACAAAAGAAAGUUCUGAUGAGACUCAACAAAAUGCUUUCCAAUUGCCAGAUAGCGAUUCGGAAUCAGUGGCUAUUUUUGUUGGACUGGAGUACGAAAAUACAGGAGACCUUUUAUUGGCCUUUAAAAACACAAUCAAGAAAUUAAAAGGAACGUGGGCACUGUGUAUGAUGUCACAGCACUACCCAAACUCUCUGUUUGUGGCAGCACAUGAAGCACCAUUGCUUGUGGCGAGGUCGGAAAGAGGAGUAUACGUAGGAUCAGAACCAAACGUGUUCAUGAAGUAUGUUAAGGAUUGCAUAGUGUUGAACGACGGAGAUAUCCUGGAACUCUCGCUGGAAAACGUAGAAAGUUACUAUUCCCAGUAUAACUUGCUGAAGCUGGAGUCUGAAGUGGUUGAGGAAACCUGCGAACCAUACCCAAAUUGGUACACUAAAGAAAUUUUAGAGCAGAUUUACAUUGGCAGAAUUAUAAUAAGCCUAUUGAGCGAACAGUCAAAUUUUCUGUACCAAUUUUCUUUUGAUGAUAUGGCACCAAUUGGUAAUCAGCAAAAUCAGAACCAAGUUAUGAAUGAAGAAGCAAAUGAAUUGCUGAGCCUAAGAGAUAAAUAUUUGGGUAAUGACAACCUUUGUGUGAUAGAAGGAGACCCCAAUCAUGAUAAUAGUCUUUUGUCGAAAGUGGAUAUCUCCACAUUUGGAUUUGACUUCCCAAACCUGCCACAAGAUAUUUUAAUAAGGUUAAAGAAGACGAAAAAACUGUUGUUCGUAGCCUGCGGUUCAAGCCUCCAUGCAGCAACCUACGUGGCCAAAAUACUCCAAAAAAUACAUCAUUUCGACUUGGUAGAAGUAGAUGAUGCAUCAGAUUUGACACUCUACAGGUAUCACGAUAAGGAUGUGACAGUAGUGCAUAUAUCAAAUAGCGGAGAAACGUUGGACUGCAUACUAGCAUUGAACUUCAUCAAGAGAAUAAACCCAGACUGCCUAAGCAUUUCAAUCAUUAACACAGUUCACACCUCCCUAGAAAGGUCUUCUGACGCGACCAUUCACCUGAGAAUAGGAAGAGAAAAGUCAGUACCCUCCACAAAAGCCUUUACAGCACAAGUAACAGUGCUCCUGAUAUUCUCUUUGUAUAUUAUUAGCAACAAUGAGAUCAUCCUCGAUCCCCUAGACGAUAGUACCGACUACUGUAGUAGCGUGGACAAGGAUGAGCCCAGUGAGUACCUGGAACUCACAAACAAGGAUUUUUCGGAGCAACUGACUACAGAUGAAGACGAAGAUGAGACAUAUAACGAACACUAUGGCUCCUGCCAUAAUUACACCAUUGCCUCACUCUACAAAUCACUUUCAAUCUUCCCGUCAGCAAUUGCGAAAUUACUCAAGAACGAUGAACAAUACGAUAGUUUGGCACAAUGGCUCUUGAAGGAAAAGAUUGUGUAUAUACUUGGCAGAGGAUGUGGACAUGUAGUAGCAUUGGAAGCGUCACUAAAAAUGAAGGAAGUGGCAUAUAUACAAGCCGAAGGAGUUCUCUCGGGAGCAAUGAAACACGGAAUCUAUGCAAUGAUUAAGGAAGAGGAAAACACAACCACAAUCAGCAUAAUCACCUCAGAAGAUAAGGAAAUGACAAUCAACUCCACACUCCAAAUCAAGGCCAGAGGAGGUUAUAUAAUUGUCAUAACUGACCUGGAAGACGAAGUCGAUUUCGCAGAUGUUCUAAUAAGAAUACCCAGUAUUGGAGCACUCACGCCGGCUCUGGCAAUUAUCCCAAUACAAAUCAUCACAUCGAAAAUCGCCAUACUUUCAAACCGGAACCCUGAUAUCCCAAGAGGCCUAGCAAAAACUGUUACGACACUUUAA